CCUCCGGCGAUGGGCUUCUUUUUCUCACAGUAUUCAAGGAUCUCCUGAGUCUGCAUAACGGACAGCUAAUACCAGCGGUCUGGCCUGGCUGUUGCCACAAAGAACAAAUUUUCGCACAACGCAAAGAGCUUUUCGACGUAUGGGAGUGGUGGUCAUACUACAUACAUGCGUUUCUUGUUCGCGAUGGGUGGUGGCGGAUCAAUUAUUUUUCGUGCAUAUUCCCUGGAAUUGUACCUUACGAUCGUAGAGUUUCGCGAGAAAAUGCAUGAUGAUGGUAUGGGCACAGUGAGUACUUGGGAGGGAAUGUUACCUGGUGCUCCCGUAAUAAGAAUUCAUGAGUCCGCGACGAGUUUUAUGCUGCACGUGAUGUUCUGUGCAAUGUUUCAUUUCGUACCUCUUUCAGUGAGGGUAAAGGAUUGCAUUGCUAGUCUAGUUCAUGGUACCCUGCUGAUUCUUCUGUAUUUCCUGAACUUGACAUCCACUCACUCACCUAGUCCAACCCCGAUCUAUCUUUACUAUCGAACUGAAAAAUGUCUCCCGUUAGGAGGAGAAGAAGCUGGGCAUUGUCCGAAUCUAAGCCGGACUUCAGGCCUUGGAGCCAUUGGUAGUGAGCUCCGUUGAUCCAGCACUUCAACGAUAAUCUUCUGCAGUAUGUCAUUCUUCGUGUCUGGAUGUACGUACUCUCGUUGAUUCCUUUCUUAAUCUUGAUAAGUGGGCGUUGAGGAGUGCGGAUUGUUUUGGUAAUUAGUGUCACUUCUAGAGUAGAGGGAGGUGAGGUGGUCCGAUGGCUACAUGGAGCACAUGGGCUGUGGACUUGGUGCGUGUGUUGAUUUAUGAUCCGGAGAUGGGGUGUGGUGUGAUGUGAGGUUGCGGAUUUGGUAUGCC